ACACACUUGCAUUACAUGCAAAAAAGCUUAUCUUUUCGCUCUAUUUUGUUUCACACUUUCACAUACUAUGUAAUAUUUAUUUCAUUGAUCAUAUUAUAUGUACAACUAAAAAAAACGGCUAAGAUCAAAAUAUAGUGGUGAAGAAUUAGACGUUAGAAAGUGAGAAAAUGGAAGAUUAUGUAUCAAAUGGAAGCUCAAAUUCGUGCGUUAAAAUCCCAGAAAUUAAGUUUACCAAGCUCUUCAUCAAUGGAGAAUUUGUGGAUUCCUUUUCAGGAAAAACUUUAGAGACAAUUGAUCCAAGAAAUGGUGAAAUGAUAGCAAAAGUGGCUGAAGGAGAUAAAGAAGAUGUUGAUUUGGCUGUCAAGGCAGCUCGAAAAGCCUUCGAUCACGGGCUUUGGCCUCGUAUGUCCGGAUAUGAAAGGGGAAGGGUGAUGAUGAAAUUCGCGGACUUAAUCGAGGAGCAUGUGGAAGAACUUGCUAUAUUAGAUACAAUUGAUGCAGGAAAGCUCUUUGGAGCAGGGAAGGCCCAGGACAUCCCUGGAGCAGCUCGCUGCCUACGAUACUAUGCAGGAGCCGCGGAUAAAAUCCAUGGUGAGACAUUAAAGAUGUCGCGUUCAAUGCAGGGCUACACCCUAAGGGAGCCUAUAGGUGUUGUUGGCCAUAUCAUUCCAUGGAAUUUUCCGACUACUAUGUUUUUUCUCAAAGUGGCUCCUUCGUUAGCUGCUGGUUGUACUAUGGUGGUUAAGCCUUCUGAGAAAACUCCACUUUCCGCUCUUUACUAUGCUCAUCUUUCGAAGUUGGCUGGUGUACCGGAGGGAGUGCUAAAUGUUGUAAAUGGAUAUGGACAUACUGCCGGAGCUGCAAUAUCAUCACAUAUGGACGUCGAUAAAUUAAGUUUUACAGGAUCUCCAGAAGUAGGGCGCCUUGUAAUGCAAGCUGCUGCAACAAGCAACUUAAAACCUGUUACCCUGGAACUUGGAGGGAAAUCGCCUCUCAUCAUUUUCGAUGAUGCUGAUAUUGAUGCUGCAACUGACCUUGCUCUUCAGGGCUGCCUCUACAAUAAGGGUGAAAUUUGCGUGGCAGGAUCCCGUGUUCUUGUUCAAGAGGGAAUAUAUGAGGAAAUGAAAAGAAAACUAGCAGAAAAGGCUAAAUCUUGGGUUGUUGGUGAUCCAUUUCACCCUAAUGUUCAACAAGGACCUCAGGUUGACAAGAAGCAAUUUGAGAGAGUACUUUCAUAUAUCAAGAGAGGUAAAGAAGAAGGCGCUGAUUUAUUAGUUGGAGGCGAGCCAUGUGGUGAAAAGGGAUACUAUAUUGCCCCAACAAUAUUCUCAGAUGUCAAGGACGGUAUGCAGAUAGCAAAGGAUGAAAUUUUCGGGCCUGUAAUGUCUUUGAUGAAGUUCAAGACUGUAGAUGAUGCAAUACAAAGAGCAAAUGCUACAAGGUAUGGGUUAGCAGCUGGGAUCAUGACAAAGAAUAUAGACAUUGCUAACACCGUGUCACGGUCCAUUCGUGCUGGUACCAUUUGGAUCAAUUGCUUCUUUGGUUUCGAUUGUGAUGCUCCGACAGGCGGGUAUAAAAUGAGUGGGUUUGGGAGAGAAUCAGGACUCGAUGGCUUAUGUAUGUACACUCAAGUCAAAUCGGUUGUCACCCCUCUUCACAACUCCCCUUGGUUAUAAAACAACAUGAACAAUAAUUAAGGUUUAUGAGUUUAUCAAUGACAAUUGAAGAGCUUGUGUUUUUAUUUAUUUUUUUUAUUGGUUAUUUCAUCAUUGUAUACGUUAAAAGAUUUGUGAAAUAUAAUCAAUGGUGUAACUAGGGGCAUGGGUGACACGUGCGUCACCAAAAUAUAAAUUUCCGGUUCAAGUCAAUUGCGUGCUUUACUAAAUUGUAUAUUCACAUGGAAAAGACU